UCGAGUUUCAAGCGAGUGCGUGAAGCCACAGUAUCAAACAGAGACCAGGGCAAGUCUUGUUCUCUUUUCUUCACCAAAAGAAACCAUCUUUCUUCGUACAUUCUCUCUCUCAAUCUGAAGGCAUUAUUUUCGGAUCACAACUCCUGUUGUUGAAUGACCCAUUUGGAAGUUCCCUUUGCGUUUGAUCCGAGAAUCUCAAUCCUAAGUACCCAUUAAAUUAUCUUCUCAUUAUCUAGUAAAUAGCCUGAAAGAAUGACGAGAAUUACACGUGACUUUGGUGAUACAAUGCAAAAGGGGGCUUUGCCUGCAGUUUCAGCUGACGUGGUGUUUGCUUCUUGUCGAUUUCCAAGUUACAAAAUCGGAGCUAACAAUCAGAUCAUUGAGACGAAGGAUGACCCGAAAGUGAUAUCCAUGAAGGAGGUUGUUGCACGUGAGACCGCACAGCUUUUGGAACAGCAGAAGCGUCUAUCUGUUCGUGAUCUUGCCAGUAAAUUUGAAAAGGGUUUGGCUGCUGCUGCUAAGUUGUCUGAAGAGGCUAGACUUAGAGAAGCAGCAUCAUUGGAAAAACAUGUUCUUUUGAAAAAGCUUAGAGAUGCACUUGAAUCCUUAAAAGGACAUGUGGCAGGCAGAAACAAGGAUGAUAUAGUGGAAGCUAUUGCCAUGGUUGAAGCUCUAGCAGUUCAGUUGACUCAAAGGGAAGGGGAAUUAAUUCAAGAGAAGUCAGAGGUGAAGAAACUGGCAAGUUUUCUUAAGCAGGCUUCUGAAGAGGCCAAGAAACUUGUAGAUGAGGAAAGGGCUUUUGCUCGUGCUGAAAUAGAGAAUGCAAGAGCAGCAGUUCAGAAGGUGGAGGAGGCCCUGCAGGAACAUGAGAGAAUAUCUCGAGCCACAGGGAAGCAGGACCUAGAACAAUUGAUGAAGGAGGUUCAAGAGGCUCGAAGAAUCAAAAUGCUGCAUCAGCCAAGCAAGGUUAUGGAUAUGGAGCAUGAGCUUCUAGCAUUGAGGGCUCAACUUGCAGAGAAGUCUAGACAUUAUAUUCGUCUUCAAAGAGAGCUAGGAAGGAUAAAGAGGGGUGGGGAAAAUGAUCCCCAUUUGUAUGAACUAGAAGGGACUGAAGUGUUAGGUUCAUAUUUAGAAAUUCAACCCUGCUCCGAUAAUGCCCCUGGUCUUUCAAAAUGUUCAAUUCAGUGGUAUCGUGUAUCAUCUGAGUGUGCUAAAAGGGAACUUAUUUCAGGAGCUACAAAAUCAGUCUAUGCCCCUGAACCUUUUGAUGUUGGACAUAUAUUACAAGUUGAUAUUAUUUCAGGAGGCCUGAACAUCACAUUGUCAACCACUGGUCCAAUUGAUCCAGCUGCUGGUUUGGGAACUUAUGUAGAAGCGCUUGUGCGUAAACAUGAUACUGAAUUCAGUGUGGUUGUAACUCAUGUGAAUGAUUCACUUCAUUCUAGUGAAUCCAUUCAUGUUCUUCAUGUUGGGAAAAUGAGGAUGAAGCUAUGUAAAGGAAAGGCAACGAUUGCUAAAGAAUACUAUGCAAGUUCCAUGCAGCUAUGUGGUGUUAGAGGAGGUGGGAAUGCUGCAGCCCAGGCAAUAUUUUGGCAAGCAAAACAGGGGCAAUCUUUCGUAUUAGCAUUUGAAACAGAGCGUGACAGGAAUGCAGCCCUCAUGCUUGCCAGGAGGUUUGCAUUUGACUGCAAUAUCACUCUUUCUGGGCCGAAUGAUAGAUCUAGACUGGACGAUCAAUUGCCUUCGUGGUCAUGAUGAACCUCAGAAUCUUUUUUUUUUUUUUUUUUUCCUUUGCCUCAGCUGUAAUUACUUGAGUUUUCCUAGCUUGUAUUAUAUGAGUGUGUAUCAGCAAAACAUGGCUUUUUAUUGUGGAACAUUAUUCAUGCCUAGCUUCUUGGACAGAAUCUCUCUCUGUCAUUAUUCUCCUUCACCAAACACAAAGGUUUUUUUUUUUUCAAGGUUUGCCUUUGUGAGUGGUGGUUGACAAAUCUGCAGGGCUUGUAUUGUAAAAUUUAUGGAAUCCCAAUGUUUGGUGCUUGAGAUGCUAUAGUUUACUGUAUUUUUUUAUAUUGA